AUGGAGGGAUUUGAGGAGUUUCUUGCACUACGAGGUGUACAGCGAACAUUGAUCAACCACAAUAGUAUCACUCUUGAUAAUGCUCGUCACGAUACUAGACUUGGAUUGCAUGACCGACAAACGCGUCGCGACCCAGCUUCUGAUUUGAUUGAAUUACUUGUAGCUAAUUCGAUUGAGCAAGGACAAGAUACUUUUGAUCCAUCAGAGGAUGAAGACUUGGGGUCUAACCUGAGUCGAGGAGAAGAUGACGUAGUUGAAAACAUUUUGAAUGAUAACGAGGUCCAAGCAGAUGAUAAUUAUGGCUUAGCCUAUGAAACUGGGUUUGAAAGAGAUGCGAUACGCGACGGGGAGGAGGGAGAGGAGGACGAUAGGAUGGAGCUUGACCCUGAAGAUGGAGCUGACCACACACCAACUUAUCCCGCACCCAUUGCUAGACCUUCUGUAUUUGAUGGACAAACUGAAUUAUUCAGAGUAGCUGAUUUUUCUAACCGGCUUGAAUCAGUCGAUGAAUCGGAUGAAGAAUCCAGCGAAGACACACGAGGCAUACCUCUUGAAGAUGACCUGGAUGAUGCUGAUGUAUUUUACAACACAAGGAGAGAGAGUUUUAGUACUAACAUGGAUAGUACCAAUGUUGCAGCAGCUUCCGAUGCCAUUCAGUCGCCAAUGUCGCAGCUUGGUAAUUUGGACACUAGUUUCAAGUAUACGGCAAAACCACGAUCAAACGUCAAGUUCAAGUAUCCUCGUAUACAUGAUAAGACCAAUUUCAUUUUUACGCCUCCAGUGAAGCACCUCAACAGAGGUAGCUUCGAGGCCAAGCUUAAACAUUCUGGAAAGCAAUUGCUAUUGAAGCAAGCUCCGGCAGAAAAGUUUUACAAUGGAUUAAAAUUAGAUGCAGUUGGAACAAACAAAUUGAAACCAAUACGAAGUACUAUGAAGUACAAAAAUAAUUUAACUUGCAUUUUUUCCAGCGACAAUGAUUACCUCGUUGUUGCUAUCAGUUCCGAUCUCUUGAUUUACGACUUUGAUCCAAUCACAAAUCUACCGAACGAAAAACCGCGAUUGAUUUUUGACACUAAGCCUUCAUUUACAUUAAAUUCGGACCGAGUCAUUUCUACGUGGCCAUAUUUCCCCUAUGGUAUAAACUAUGUCAAGAGUUGCCAGUUUCUUGGAAAGACGACUGUUUGCGCUUGCACUGAUGAUGGACGUUUGCUAGUAUGGUUUGUUGAUCGAUUUGUUGAUCAAAUGAAACAAUUUGAACCUUCAAGCGAACGAGACUAUUUCAAGAAUUUAACCAUUUCUCCUGAUUUCAAAGUGAAAUUGAGUGCUUCAUUAUGGGGUCUUGAUGUCAAGGAUAAUAUAAUUGUCGCGUCAGAUAACUCGCAGAGUGUUGUUUUGUUAUACUACCAUGAACAAGAUAGAAGGUUUUAUCACACCAAGUCGCAUCAAAUACUACAUAAUAUACCUAGUGUGUCAAUAAUUAAACACACAGGCGGGAAAGUCCAUGUUGCAUGUGCUUCUAUUUCAGGGGAAUUGGUAAUUUUUGAAUUUCAGUUCAAAAUCAAUGCAGGACCAUUGAACAAAUAUGAUUUGGACUUUUUCGAGCACAGGACGAUGUACUACACCGAUCCAAUUAUCGAGUCGAUGGAAUACGGCAAUGGAGAUGACGAUAUCUACCGUCGUCGGCAUCCUGAUCUACACAAUGACGUAGAUUUGGUUAGCAGUGCCAGAAAUGUCUUCAAGAGACUCUGUUUCAACACUCCGGUGAUUAUAUCGCGAUGUGUUGUUAACGAAGAUUGUUGGACUGUGCAUUCGUUUAAUCGUAAUUGGUUUCUUCCCGUUGGUUCAUUGCAAUCGGUUUUCGGUGAUUACGAAAUUGAUGAUGCAAAAGAAGACGCAAAGAUUAUAGCAGAGAGUGCAGUAUUGAGAGGGAAGCAACGUCUCAAUCACCGAGAAAGAGGCGCUAAUGAUGAUUACGCUGAUGUAACUGAUGUAACUGAUAAUCAAACAAGCCUAGGAGCUGCUGCCAGUUUUCAAUUUUACAAGCCUGACACAAUAGAUUUUAAUGGUGUUGUUGAUCCCGUUAUUCGCAUACCUCCUACUGCCAAAAUGACAAAUAUCAAUGAUGAAUAUAGGCGAAUUCAUAAAGAAAUUGUCCUUUAUGAAAAGGGGCAUGAUUCAACCAAAAAUGACUUUUUAGUCGUCACCACCUCAAAAAAAGUGGCCUUAUUCAAAUAUCCCACCUUGUAUUGUCCGUGUGCCACCAAUCCUUUAUUUAAUUUGGACUUGUAUAAAAAGGAAGAUAGCUGUCAUUCAAAUAGACUUUCGAUAUCAGCGGUGAUUCCGGAUUUAUCGUGCUUAAUUGCCGUGUCUCAACAGGGCAUAGUGACAAUUAUGAGAUUAUGCAGUUAUAGAGGAGUGUAUGGGAUGAGGCAAGAGCAUGUCUUUCCCCAUGCCUAUAGAAUGGCCGGUUCUGAAGAUGGGAAUUAUCGAAAUAUUGUUGGUUUGAGUAUACGACAAAAGAAGAGUUCGGUGGCCAUGGGUGUGAAUAACGGUGAUUGCGAUGCUGUUGGUGGCGAUGGCGAUGGCGAUGGCGGUGGCGGUGGCGGUGGCAGUGGCGUUGGCAGUGGCGGUUAUCAGAUGGGUGAGAGAAAUGGUCCGCUCUAUUUGCUAUACAUAUUGUACAACGAUGGGAGCCUUUUAAGCUACAACUUAAAAGAGGAGUAA